AGCGCGGCGCCGAGCGGGGGCCAUGUCGUCCGCAGGCGGCCGCCAGCCCAGCCAGAGCCGGGCCAUCCCCACCCGCACCGUCACCCUCAGCGACGCCGCGCAGCUCCCCGCCGACUACUGCACCACCCCCGGCGGGACGCUCUUCUCCACCACGCCGGGAGGCACCCGGAUCAUCUACGACCGCAAGUUCCUGCUGGACCGCCGCAACUCCCCCAUGGCCAAGACCCCGCCUUGUCACCUCCCCAAUAUUCCCGGUGUCACCAGCCCCGUCGAGGCCGGCGAGGAGCCCAAAGCGGACGCCAACAGCUUGAACCACCAGGAGAACAAGCCAUCCAUGGGGGACGAUGCUCAGUUCGAGAUGGAUAUCUGAGCGGGAACCACGGAGAGGCAGCGACUCCCCAGACCUGUGCACCCCCCAUUCGGCUUAGCAGGAUCCGUCCCGGCGAGGCGGAGGUGGCAGUGGUCCCCACCAGCGUCCCCUCCCCGCCCUCCUCCUCCCCCUCUUUUCUGGGGGGAGCGCAGCUCUGUCUUCUCCCCCUUUGUGGGUGACUGGUCCCAACAUGUGCCAGACGGAGCAUCCCUUCUGGAUCCGGCCCUAUUCCUCCUCUUCCACCUACCAGCAGCCUGAUCUCCACCAGGCUCCUUUUUAAAACAUCCCUUUGCCUCCUCUGCUGCCUCGUGCCCCCCUCAAAAUUCCCCUCUUGUUACCCAAACCUCCCACUGCCAGCAGCUUGGUGUUCUGGAGCUGUGUCGUCCCCUUUGCCCCCUUCUCCUGGAAAAUUUGGGCAGCCUGUCGGGAGGAGGGGGAAACAUCACUGCUAAAAUCAUGCACCUGCUUGCACCCUGGGGAGGGUAUUUUUCGAGUUUCCCUGGGGUGUGUUGGCAUCCAGUGAAGGACAGCGCUGGGAGCCCGUUCCCUUCGGUGCUCCAGGGGUCCAAUGUGGUCCCUGAUGGAAUCAGCCAGCGUGAGAAAACAUCUCCACAUCUCUCCUACCCGGAUUUCUUCCAUCUUGGCCCUCCAGCCAGGGGCUGUGUCCCCCACCCACCAGCCAGGAUGUAGCCAUAUAUUAUAAAAUCACCUUGCUUUUAUUUUUGGUACUAAAAAGGGGCAUUUACCCCCAACGACUUUUUCUGGGCUGGGACCGAGCGCCUCUGGGAAAGUGCUUUGUGGUGCUUGGGUUUUUUUUUUUACCCCCAGCCCUUUCAAAUGUGAAUCCUACAGGGGGGAGAUCCCUCUGGCACCGUUGGAUGUCUCAGGAAUCACUGGGUGUCCCUGGGGGCUGUGGGGGCUCACCAGACACCGCAGGGAUGGGGUGCUCUCCUCGCAGGGUGCUGCCGUCGAUGCUAUCCUCUGCUCAGUUUCCAGGAUGGGAUUUCUCCCAGCCAGAUCACGCUAUUGUGGAUAAAGCAUUUCCACAUUAACUUCCCCCUUUGCCAGCCUGGCAUGGCCAUCUUGAACCUCCCCUGGAGAUGGGAUUUAUUUUUCCUCCACUUUCCAUGUGACUCUUGCCCUGAUGAGCAGUGCAGGGCAAGGCCUCAGUGGUGUCAGGCUGUGCCCUCCCAACCCCACCAGCCCCCCAGUUGUGACUUUUUUCCAGCCUGUUGGGACCCAUCACCAGCUCCACAACCUUCUCAAGUGCCAUUUUACCAGCCCCCACCUGAGUGCCUGCUCCACCCACCCUCCCUCCCUCGCUGGGGUCGGCCCCCCACCUCGAUACCCAGCCCUGGGGACCCUUGCAGGGGAGGGGGACAUCCCACAGGCUUUGUGCACUUUCCAUCCCGUAAUUUAUUUCUCUUAGGUGUGUUUGGCACGGGGCGGUGCUGGUGGCGAGCUCCCAUCUUCCAGCUGCUUUUCUCACAAGGAGGGGGGGCUGCCCCCUCGUUUUGGGGGGUGGGGGAGGAAGAAGCAAAAGCACAACCCCAGGGAAUGGGGUUGUCUUUCCCAUCCUUUCCCUCGUGUGGGAGGUGAGGUGAGUGCGGCAGCCCGGCCGCCGCAGGCGCACGAGUGAGUGAGUGCGAGUAGCAAUAUGUAUAUGCGUGUGGGUGGGUGGUGAUGAGACACACACAAAUAUAUAUAUUAUAUAUAGAUAAAUAUAUUUUCCUUGAAGCAAAAGAUCCUAGGAGGUCGGUUAGGCCCUCGGAUCGAGGGAGGGGGCAGGGGGCGAGGACAUCCUUGGCAGGGCGGGGACGGCCACCGUGGAUGCAGGGACCUGGCGCCCUCAGCACAGCUGCUCGUUUUGGGAAACCUGCUCUGCUAGCCAAAAAUAAUUAGACCAUAUCCAAGGACAAGGUGACUUAAUGGACAGGAGCCGGAGGGAAACCUUUUUUUUUGUUGUUGUUUUUUUUUCCUCAAAAUGCCCCCUUUCCCAUCCUCCUCAUGUCUCUGUUCCCCAUCCCAGCAAUUUUCUUCCGGUUCUCUUGUAAGCGGGCUUGGGGCUGAGCAGGGAGGUAGAGCCUGGCCUCGCCGGGGCGUUCCUCUGCAAGUCAGGGGUUCCCUUUGGGAUUUGUUGUUUUUUACCGUCUCUUCAAGCAGGUGUUUGGGAGGAGAAAAGCUCUCGCCAGUGGUUGCUGUUACAGUGAGAUCAAUAAAGAUUUUGGUUCUUCUAAA